AUGACCAGGAGGAGUCUGCGCUGCCUGGACACUUCCCCGCGUCUGUUGACCUCUCAGUCUCGCUGUGACCGGCCGCAAACAUCAUGUUCAUCAGAACUAUUUUGCUCCUCUGCCUCGUGGUGCGCGCGUCGCGUCCGGCGCUGAGCCUGGAGAGUGAGAUCAGCGAACCGCUCAGGUUGGAUUCUCGUCACGGAGGAUGUGUCAUCAAACUCCGCGCGUUCCAGCAGGAUUUGGUGCUGGACUUGCACCCGGACUCCAGCUUCAUCGCGGAGCAGGACGCGGCGCGGACCACCGAGGGCGCGGUGACCACCGACCUGAGCCGGUGCUUCUACUCGGGAUUGGUUAACGCUGAGCGCUUCUCUUACGCCGCCCUGAGUCUCUGCGGGGGUUUGCGCGGGGCAUUCGGCCUCCACCAGUGGGAAUACUUCAUCACGCCGCUGCGUAAUGGCAGCGCCAGCGCAGAGAGCGCGCAUCUCAUCCAGAGGCGAAGCAGCGACCGCCUGAACUCCACUUCCAGGUGCGCGGUGAAGAGCGACAUCAGCGCGCAGACCGCGCUGCUGCUGGACCAGUACCGGCGGCUGAGCACCGAGGCGGCGCACGGGCGGCGAGCCAAGCGCUUCGCCUCCGUCCCCAGGUACGUGGAGACGCUGGUGGUGGCGGACGAGUCCAUGGUGGCCUUCCACGGGGACGACCUGAAGCACUACCUGCUGACGCUGAUGUCGGUGGCGGCGAGGCUCUACAAGCACCCCAGCAUCCUCAACUCCAUCAGCAUCGUGGUGGUGAAGGUGAUCGUCCUCACUGAGGACGAGACGGGACCCAGCGUCAGCGGCAACGCGGCCUUGACGCUGCGGAACUUCUGCACCUGGCAGAAGAAGAUGAACAAGAACAGCGACAAGCACGCGGAGUACUGGGACACCGCGAUCCUCUUCACCAGACAGGAUCUGUGCGGGGCUUCCACCUGCGACACUCUGGGGAUGGCAGACGUCGGCACCAUGUGCGACCCCAAGAGAAGCUGCUCGGUGAUCGAAGACGACGGUUUGCCUUCCGCCUUCACCACGGCGCACGAGCUGGGUCACGUGUUCAACAUGCCACACGACAACGUGAAGGCCUGCGAGGACACUUUUGGGAAGCUGCAGGACAAUCACAUGAUGUCUCCCACGCUGAUCCAGAUCAACCGCACCAGCCCCUGGUCGCCCUGCAGCGCCGCCAUCAUCACCGAGUUCCUGGACAGCGGUCACGGCGAGUGUUUGCUGGACCAGCCGCAGAAACCUCUGCUGCUCCCUGACCUGCUGCCCGGCGCCGCCUACAUACUUGAACGACAGUGUGAGCUUGCUUUCGGGGAAGGGUCCAAGCCCUGCCCCUUCAUGCAGCCGCCCUGCGGUCGUCUGUGGUGCACUGGGAAGUCAAACGGUCACCUGGUGUGCAUGACCCGCCACUUCCCCUGGGCCGAUGGCACAGACUGUGGGGGCGGCCAAGUCUGCGACAGGGGGGUCUGCUCCCCCAAACAGGAGCAGACUGAGAAGGUUCAUGGCCGCUGGGGUAAGUGGGGCCCCUUUGGGUCCUGCUCCCGCACAUGUGGAGGAGGUGUCCAACUGUCCAAGAGGGAGUGUAACAACCCAGUCCCUUCAAACGGGGGUAAAUAUUGCCAAGGGGUUCGGGUCAAAUACCGCUCCUGCAACUUGAACCGCUGCCCUGAUACAGGCAGAACCUAUCGAGACGAGCAGUGUGAGAUCAGCGGGCGCACGUUCAACAGCAACCGAGUGGCCCCGUCUGUGGUCUGGGUGCCCAAGUAUUCCGGAGUGAGUCCGGACGAUCGGUGUAAGCUCAUCUGCCGGGCGAAUGGCACCGGCUACUUCUACGUCCUCGCUCCGAAGGUUGUGGAUGGAACGCCAUGUUCGCCGGACUCCACUGGCGUGUGUGUUCAAGGAAAGUGCAUCAAAGCUGGCUGUGAUGGGAAGAUUGGCUCCAACAAGAAGUAUAACAAGUGUGGCGUGUGCGGCGGGGAUAACAAGAGCUGCAAGAAAGUGUCGGGCCUCUUCACAAAGCCUGUGCACGGAUACAACUUCGUGGUCAUGUUGCCGGUCGGGGCAGCCAACAUCGACAUCCGUCAGCGAGGCUACCAGGGCAUGGCAGGUGAUGACAACUAUCUGGCGGUGAAGAACAGCGAGGGCCACUACCUGCUCAAUGGGAACUACGUGGUGUCUGCGGGAGAGAGAGACAUCAUCGUCAGCAACAGUCUGCUGCGGUACAGCGGAACCGCCGGGCUGUCAGAGACCCUGCAGGCUGUCAGACCUCUGGGAGAAUCCCUGACUGUGGAGGUGCUGUGUGCCGGUCAGAUGACCCCGCCGCGCAUCCGCUACUCCUUCUAUAUCGCUCGCCAAACCAAAGAGGACAAGCCCGCGAAGAAGGACGACAGAGCCAACUCCCACAACAGUGUCCUGCUAGAGGACGUCGUCAAGGGAAAAAAGGGGGACACCGUAAAAAACACUUAUAAAAGAGAGGACCCAGUGCUUGUUAAAUGGGUUUCCUCCACCUGGGACCGGUGCUCAGUGACCUGCGGCAGCGGGAUCCAGCGACGGUUAGUGCAGUGCCUGAGGCCGGAUGGGAAGCCGGGCUUGGACUGCGAUCCCUCGCAGAGACCGCCCGCCACCAGAGUGUGUGGAGACCCAUGUCCAGAGUGGCAAAUCGGACCGUGGGCGCCCUGCUCCAGAACCUGCGGGAAGGGCUUCAAGAGACGGCCGAUACGCUGCCAAACCCAAACAGGUCACAUGCUUCCAAGGGAGCACUGCGCCGGCCUACGCAAGCCACAGGAGCUGGACUUCUGUAAGCUGACGCCUUGCUAGUGACGUACUCUGACCUGGUCUUGGUUGAAUGCUGAGGACAACUCACUGACUCAUAUCAACCGACUCCCCAGGACACAGUGUACCCAUUGCCAAACUAGGUGCCAAAGAAUGGAAGCAAUACAACAUACAUAUGAGCACUUUUAUUGACAUGAACUUCCAUAUACACAGGACUCUGCGUGUAUAUGCGUCUGCCAAAGCCAACCAAGACCUCCGAACGUUUCCACCGAAGAUCUCGUGUAGCCGCAGGAAACCCUGUGGUCUGACAGCAACAUCACGACAUCCGUCACACAUUUAUUGGUGGUAUAAUAUAACACAGCAAAGCAAUGCAAGCAAUAACUUCAACACUUUGUCGUUACAAAGACUUUGAAGUAUUUAUUGAUGUAGACAUGUACCUCUGCCAUGUAAGGUCAGGGGAAGUAUGUUGGCAUUUUCAUGCUUUCAUCUCCGCUGGUCAUCCGUUAUGUUUGCAUAGGCUCACCGAACUAGCUCCCCAUGAAAAUGCAGUUACGUCAUUGGCCAGUGAGCCAAACUGGAGGUGCUGUUUCCGGCGUGACCCUGUUGGGCGCCAAACCACACCGUUGCUCUUGUCUUCAAGCAGACACAACCCCCAGAUUGGAGGGAAACUGGAGUGGUUGUCGGCCACCAAAGCCAGUCAAACUCACCAGUCAAAACUUAUGUUUGACAUCUAAGACGUCAGUUUGGUGCAGCUGACACUGCUGCACAUGCUCAUUAGCAUAGCAGAAACCAGAGCUGGAAAUGAAAUAUUGAAAGAAAGGAAUCAACGUUUUCGUUCCCAACUGGCAGAGAAACAAAAGCAGUUCUGUGCCCGAGAGCUGUUUGCCGUUCAGUCAAUCUUUUCUUUCCGACCCGGGACAAUUUGAGGAAGGUUGAGUGAACACAGAGUUCGCGCUGGGUAAUUAUUGACGAAUGACGACGGGGCAGAUGCUAAACUUGGUCAGAUGCUGGAAGUCACACUGUCUUCUGAGGGUCUUAAUGCAGUUUUGCGGUCGACGAACGGCAGCGAGUGCCAAACGAAUGUAUCACGUUGUGCCUUGGAGUGUUAGCGACACAUGAUCCGCAGACAGGGAGGGCUUUGUCUUGUGCAAUUGCAACAUUAACUAGGAAAAUAAGGAGUAAUGAAAGACGGAUGACAUUUUUUUGUGCGGCUAAAUCGACAAUAAACCAGAUAAUUCAUGAAGAACAGAAAACCAGCGGGAAUAUAGAACACCAUCUCGCCAUUUGUGAGCGCUCACUUCGCUUUACAUCAUCGGCCUGGAAUCCAUUUGGACUUGAACUGUUGAGUUUUCAAAGUUUUGUUUUGCAGCUCGAUAUCUCGCUGGCUGACCCGACACCAUUUGGUUUUUUCUCGUGGAUUAUUUGUGUUGAGUGACCGGACUCCGAGCCAAUAUACCUUCGUGUUGCAUAACACUCCCAGGGAUCUGACGAGAAAUAUUGGACUGGAUUCUUAAAAGCAAUAGAUAACACAUGUGCGAGCUUUGGGUCUAAUGAGCUGCUGCAUUAGUUUGGGUUCCAUGGCAACAUAAUAUACUGCUGAGACGUACAUAUCAGACGGCAACAGUUCUGCCAGUUCUGGAGGGGUGUCACACAUGGGCGACUUCUCUCACAGAGUUUGGGAAGUAGGGCAAGACCACAGAAAGCAGCUUUCAUCCAUCAGUGCGCCGCUCAUCCAAGCUGACCCCUGUUAAUCUUUCCUUUGACUUCAGCAAUUGUCUGCGCGGCUCACGGUGUUCAGCCAGUUGUGCAGCCUAAUAAUUCAUUCCAAUCUGGCACGGGCGCCGCAGAUAAUUUAUUAUCAAUAAAACAAUCGCAGCGCGGCCAACCUCCAGGUUUCUGCUCAACAAUCUGCUGGGUCUCCUUGUCGGCGGCCCCUCAGCCCGAGCCAAGACCGUCUCUUUUCACACUCAAUGAAACCCUGUAAUCCAUUAUAUUCUUGUUUGUUUCAGCAAAAAGGGGCCACGCUGUCCUGUCCAAACGUCCAUGUUUGGGACGGAAACUUUUCCAGCUGGAUCUUUGAUCUUUAUUAUGUAAAUCAGCUUUUGCUCUCCGAACAGCGAAAGCGAGCAGUGACUCACACGGGCUCAGCUGUAUACCAUGUAUACCUUAACUACAGCUCUGUGCAGAAUGUACAUACUGUUUUGUUUUCUAUUUUUACACCGGUAUUUGACCGACGUAUAUU